AUGGCAACGGUGGCGCAACCGUGUUCUUCGUGGACGCGCGGUUCCAUUCCUCUCUCCAAGCACCUCCCGCGACGUCGUUUCAGCGGCAGAACCACCACACUCACACGCCUUAGCCCACAAGCUGCUCUUGUCCAAGCACCGCCUUCACCUUCCUCGCCCAGAGACAAUAGCUCCAUUCAGGUCCUCACCCUGUCACGUGCCAAUGAUCUGCAAGCCGAGGCCAGAGCCAUGACACGUGCGGUCAAUGCGACCAUAUACAACCCUGCACUCAUAGCGUCCCUGUAUGGCUCCCAACCCGUUAAGGUGGUGCGGAGGACCCUUGAGAUUCUGGUUGCGUUGGGUUCGUUUGGGCUGAAGCUGUUACUGGACCAGAGGAAUGGAGUGCUUGAUCAGAAUAGAAGAGUUCGCGCCUCUGAGCUUAAGGACAUAUUCACGAAGCUGGGUCCAACUUUCGUGAAAUUGGGUCAGGGAUUGUCCACAAGGCCUGACAUAUGCCCAACGGAAUAUUUGGAGGAGCUUUCUGAACUUCAAGAUGGUUUGCCUACAUUUCCUGAUGAGGAGGCCUUUGCAUGCAUUGAGAGGGAAUUGGGUCUAUCUCUUGAAUCCAUCUUCUCUUCUAUAUCACCAUCACCCAUAGCAGCAGCCAGUUUGGGACAAGUUUAUAAAGCUCAAUUGAAGUAUUCAGGAAGACUUGUGGCUGUGAAGGUGCAACGCCCUGGUAUUGAGGAAGCAAUAGGAUUGGACUUCUACCUGAUAAGAGGUCUUGGGUUUUUCAUUAAUAAAUAUGUCGACAUAAUCACUAGUGAUGUUGUUGCGCUUAUUGAUGAAUUUGCACGUAGAGUAUUUCAGGAGCUCAACUAUGUGCAGGAGGGACAAAAUGCAAGGAGGUUCAAAAAAUUGUACGCUGACAGGGAAGAUAUCUGUGUCCCUGAUGUUUUCUGGGAUUAUACAAGUGCCAAAGUACUGACAAUGGAGUGGGUUGAUGGAGUCAAACUAAAUGAGCAAGAAGCUAUUGAGAGACAAGGAUUAAAAGUGUUGGAUUUGGUUAAUACAGGCAUUCAGUGCAGCCUCAGACAGCUGCUUGAGUAUGGAUAUUUCCAUGCAGAUCCACACCCUGGGAAUCUUUUAGCAACACCUGAGGGAAAGCUUGCUUUUCUCGAUUUUGGGAUGAUGAGUGAGACUCCAGAAGAAGCAAGAUCUGCCAUAAUUGGUCAUGUUGUUCACUUGGUUAACCGGGACUACGAAGCUAUGGCUCGUGACUACUAUGCUCUUGAUUUUCUGUCACCUGAUGUUGAUGUGUCACCGAUUGUACCAGCACUACGAGACUUUUUUGAUGACGCACUCAAUUAUACUGUGAGUGAACUUAACUUCAAGACACUAGUGGAUGGUCUGGGAAACGUUUUGUAUCAAUUUCCAUUUAAUGUCCCAGCCUACUAUGCUUUAAUAUUGAGGUCUCUCACUGUUUUAGAAGGUUUAGCACUUUAUGCUGAUCCCAAUUUUAAGGUUCUUGCGGCAUCAUACCCAUAUUUUGCUAAGCGGCUCUUGACAGACCCAAACCCAUAUCUAAGGGAUGCUCUUAUAGAGUUACUUUUCCAGGAUGGGAGGUUCAGGUGGGGUAGACUUGAAAACCUGCUAGUCCAGGGGAGAAUGGACAGAGAUUUCUCUGCAAAAGAGGCUUUACAACCUGUCCUGAAGGUAUUAUUGAGUCCAGAUGGUGAAGAACUCAGGAUCCUAGUUAUUAAAGAAGCUGUUCGUGUAACUGAAGCUUUUACUCUUAGCACAAUUUCUGAUACAUACAAGUCAGUUCCUGAUUUUAUGAGGGCUCUUGUUUUCAAUGGCAAUGCAAAUGGACCCAUUAUAAUGUCGGAAGCUGAAACGCAAAACAUGAUAGAGCUUAGAGAUCAAGUAUUCCGGAUAUGGGGACUUCUGCAAUCAUCUAAUGAUUUUGAUCCAGAUCUUUUACUACCUAUACUACAGGUUCUUCAGCAACCUGAGGCACGCAGGCUUGGGGAACGUGUUAUGGGUGGGAUCACUCAACGUCUUGCAGCACGCUUUCUGCAACAAGUACUUCGAGUUCCAACAGCACCUUCCACAUAG